AUGAGCAGCAACAACAACCCAGCGCGGCACAAGGCACAACCAUCGAUCUCCUCCCCUCCACAGCAAGCAGCCUGCUUGGGAAACAAGAAUAAAUGGACUUCAUCCGAAGGAACUUGGGCCACGGUGGUGGAGGAAACUGAGGACUCGGGAUCAUCCAACCAAUCACCGUCAUCACCAGAGUCUUGUUCCCCACCAUCUUCUCCUUCUCCAUCCUCUCCUCUUUCUGCAUCCUCGUGUCCUUCACCUGCAACAUCAUCUCCUCCACUGAAACAGUCCCUUCCAUCUUCUCCACCAAGAGCUGGGCCAUCAACGAAAACAACGGCACAACAACCUGCUCAGACUGAAGGGAACCUCCCCAACAUUAAAUCAAGGGGGUCGAGGAAACGGAGAGGAGACCCACUAAUCCUUACUGAUGAAGAGGCCCAGGGUGUCCCUGCGAAGCGGAGGCGGUUGGAGGAGACAGAACCACAGGAACAUAAUUUGCCUGCACAACCAUCGGUCUCCUCCCCUCCCCAGCAAGCAACCUGUGAGGGAAACAAGGAAACAUCUGUCCCAAGCAGUGAACAAACCCAGGCAGUUGCAGCGGCCCUGAGAGCCUUGCAAAAUAAAUGGACAUCGUCUGAAGGGACUUGGGUGGAGGAAAGUGAGGACUCGGGAUCAUCCAACCAAUCCCCGUCAUCACCAGAGUCUUGUUCCCCACCAUCUUCUCCUUCUCCAUCCUCUCCUCUUUCUGCAUCCUCGUGUCCUUCACCUGCAACAUCAUCUCCUCCACUGAAACAGUCCCUUCCAUCUUCUCCACCAAGAGCUGGGCCAUCAACGAAAACAACGGCACAACAACCUGCUCAGACCAAAGGGAACCUCAGGAGGAAGGUGUCAAGAAAAAGAAGAGGAAGCCAAAAAAUGAGGAGCCUGCCGAGAAAAGGAAAAGAAUGAAAAGAUGCUCAUUCCUGCCUUCUUUUCCUCCC